AGUCCAAGGCUCCAGGGUUGGUGCACAGCACAGCUGCCUCCAGCCGACUGCCCAGUCCCCCAGAGAAGUGACUGAAGUAGAGGUUGUAGCUUAGGCACUCCUGCUCCAUCCAGCCCCUCCGUGCAGCUGCUGAUGGCCCUGUGGCUCCUGCCCCAUCUCACCUUCCUCAGGCUCGGAACCCCACAGCCCUUGGCUCGGGAGUGUGGCUUCAGCGUGCCAGCGGUUGACUGGCCAUCCUUCUUCAACCUCAAUUCACCCCAGGAGGUUCAGGAAACCAUCCAGAUUCCGAACAACGGAAGCGCGCCCCUGCUCGUGGACGUGCAGGUGUUUGUGUCAAACGUGUUUAACGUGGACAUCCUGCGGUAAGUGUCCUCCACGAUGCUGCUUCGGCUGUCCUGGCGGGACACUCGCCUGGCCUUGAACUUGACUGGGCACCGGCAGGGCAGAGUCACGCUGCCCUGGGACUCUCUCUGGACACCAGGACUCACUAUCCGGGAGGCGCUCUGGGUGAGCUGGCAGGACCAGAGCCCACAGGCCCGAGUGGACCGGGAUGGCCACAUCGAGCUCUCCCUGGCCCUCACCACGGAGACCUACUGUGACUUUGAGCUUUUCCACCUCCCCAGGGACCAGAGCGACUGCAGCCUCAGCUUCUUCGCUUUUGGCAACACUGUGAUGGAGCUGGAGUUCCAGGCCCAUGCGGUGAAUGAGAUCGUGAGUGUCAAGAGGGAAUACGUAGUUCAGGAUUUGAAGACGCAAGUCCCAUCCCAGCAGCUGGUGCCCUGCUUCCAGGUGACGCCCCGACCUUCCUCCUUCCGGUUGCGCCUGCAGAACACAGCGCUAAAGGCCAUCAUAGCGCUCUUGGUACCCGGGGAGGCGCUGCUGUUGGCUGACCUGUGCGAGCCGCUGCUGCCCCUCCGUACGGAGCGCAUCGCCUACAAGGUGACCCGGCUGCUGGCUUACCUCGUCUUCCGCUCCUCCCUGGUUCAGGCCCUGCCCAGCUCCUCCUCCUGCAACCCGCUGCUUAUUCACUACUUCACUGUCCUUGCUGCUCUUCAUCACACCACGGAGACCGUGCUGUUGUCCGGGCUGCUGGCCCACAGCAACCCCAGGGCGGAGAGCAGCCCCAGCCCGGUCCUGAGAGGGGAGCAGCACGACUGUGGGAGCCCAGGGCCUGAUCCUGAAGAAGCCUCCAGAAGAGUAAAGGGGUCCAGGAGAAGCUGGCCUGAGGCUGCUGACCACAUCUUCUUCCUGGUGUACAUGGCAGGGGUGCUGUGUAGCCAGUUCAUCUUCGCUGUGCUCUGGAUGUGGGCGACAUGCAAGUCGGACCCAGCCCCUGGUGAGGCUGCACCCCACGGCGGGUGGCCCAGGCUGUAAGGGCCAGGGCCUGGGGCUGCAGACCUGAGGGGUUGGGCUGUGACAGGGUCUCCGGAAAGAGGGGGGAGGGAGGUCGACUCUCUUCCCUAAGCCUGGAGGACCCCAGGCCACCCUGAGCUCUCCCUUCUGUUAGCAUGCAAGCGAAGAGUGUGGAAUAAACCCAUCAUCCCAGUGCAAGGGCACCUCAGGGGUCUGUCUUCACUGAGCUCAGCUGUUCACUCUUAUGGAAGUAGGUGGGGCCCAUCUCAUGCCCCCGGCCCCCACUCCGCCCCAGAUCGUCUCAUGAUUGUUCACUGGUCGGUCACCCAGUCCCCACACGCAGCCUAACUGCUCCUUCUGCAACCACUGCUGCUUGGCUCCAGGCACGGGGUGGUCAGAACUCCUUCUGUGAAGUCCUGCCGAGUGCUGGCCCUCAGAGGGCAGGGGAGAGAGCGCUCCUGCUCCAGCCACCAGGGGGAUGCCUCGGGGGCAGAACCCCCCAGACCGCAGGACUGCGGGGACGGGGAAUGCGUCCUCUGCGCUGAAUCCGAGCGCGGGUCAACCCUGCUUGCUCUUCUCCAGGCCCUGUGGCUGCAGCGUGGCCUGCUCCUCUGAGCCCAGCCCUCACGCCUGGGCUGAAGGGGGCUCUCCAUCCCCAACUCCGAGCUGGCCCGGAGGUGGGCUUGCUCUGCUCUCCUGCUCCUGUCCACACGAGGCAGCUGAGGGCACAGCCCUCUGUCUUCCUUCUCUGUCCUUCCUGCCUUGAAGCCGUCACGUGGCCCCUGCGGGCUGCAGUCAGGGUCAUGAAACCCAAGGUGUGGAGGAACCCCAGAGUUCUGGGAGAGCGCUGCUUGUGUGGGGAAU